CGUUGCGCUGUCGGGAGUUUGCGGAGGACGGUCUGCGCCUGCGGUGAAAGUCAGUGGGAUAGUUGCGAGUUUUUAUUGGUACUUGACUGUCAAUUAUAAAAAAACAAUAUGUACGGCAUUGGAAGGCUUUCGUCGCUGACCGUUUCCAAGCAUAUGCGGGAUUUCCGUCCCGCCAUAUCGCAGAUCAGAUGUCAGUCCAACGCACCGAAGCCGGAGCGCAAGGAGCGCAGCAUGGACAAGUUGGCCAAGGACUCCAAGUCGUUCGUGCUGAACAUCUUCAAGGGGUCGGCAGUGACGGACCAGGUGUUCCCCUUCCCGGACGUGAUGACCGCCGAGCAGCGCGAGACGCUGGAGUCGCUACUUGACCCCGUCGAGAAGUUCUUCUACGACUGUGUCGACGCCGCCAAGAACGACGCCAACGAGUGCAUCGACGCCGACACGAUGCAGGGGCUCCGCGAGAUGGGCUCCUUCGGCCUGCAGGUGCCCCAGGAGCUGGGCGGCGUCGGUCUGACCAACACUCAGUACGCGCGCAUGACCGAGAUCGUCGGCUUCCACGACCUGGGCAUCGCCAUCACCAUGGGCGCCCAUCAGAGCAUCGGCUUCAAGGGUAUCCUGCUGUUCGGCGACCCGGAGCAGAAGGCCAAGUACCUGCCGAAGUUGGCCAGUGGCGAGUUGAUGGCGGCCUUCUGUCUGACAGAGCCGGCGUCUGGCAGCGACGCCAGCUCCAUCAAAACGCGUGCCGAGCUGAGCAAGGACGGCAAACACUACAUCCUGAACGGCAGCAAGAUCUGGAUCUCGAACGGCGGCUUUGCCGAGAUCAUGACGGUAUUCGCGCAGACGCCGGUCAAGAAUGAGGCCACCGGCGAGGUCAAGGACAAGGUCACGGCCUUCAUUGUGGAGCGCUCGUUCGGAGGGGUCACCAACGGUGCGCCCGAGAAGAAGAUGGGCAUCAAGGCGUCCAACACGGCCGAGGUGUACUACGAGGACGUCAAGGUGCCGGUGGAGAACGUGCUCGGAGGCAUCGGCGGAGGCUUCAAGGUGGCCAUGAACAUCCUGAACAACGGCCGGUUCGGCAUGGCGUCGGCGCUGACGGGCACCAUGCGCUACAGCAUCCAGAAGGCGGUGGACCACGCCACCAACCGCACGCAGUUCGGCCGCCGCAUCGACUCUUACGGCGCCAUUCAGGAGAAGCUGGCCCGCAUGUCCAUGCUGCACUACGUCACCGAGUCGAUGGCCUACAUGAUCUCGUCCAACAUGGACCGCGGCUCGGUUGACUUCCAGCUGGAAGCCGCCAUCAGCAAGGUGUUCGCUUCGGAGGCGGCCUGGAACGUCACGGACGAGGCGAUCCAGGUGCUGGGCGGCAUGGGCUUCAUGAAGGACGCCGGCCUGGAGCGCGUUCUGCGCGACCUGCGGAUCUUCCGCAUCUUCGAGGGCACCAACGACAUCCUGCGCCUGUUUGUGGCGCUGACCGGUCUGCAGCACGCCGGCGGCCACCUGAAGGAGCUGCAGCGGGCGCUCAAGAACCCGGCCGCCAACAUGGGCAUGAUCCUGGGCGCCGGCAUGAGCCGCGCACGCCGCGUGGUCGGCUUCACCGGCGGCCCGGCGCUGGAUCAGCACGUGGAGCCCGAGCUGCGCCACCCGGCCCAGCUGGCAGCCCGGGCGAUCGAGGCGUUCGGCCACAGCUCGGAGCAGAUGCUGAUGCGCUACGGGAAGCAGGUGGUGGAUGAGCAGUUCCUGCUGAACCGGCUGGCCGAGGCGGCCAUCGACCUCUACGCCAUGAUGGUGGUGCUGUCCCGCGCCUCCAGAUCAUCGAAGAUGAGCCAGCCGUCGGCAGAGUUUGAGCGGAAGAUGGCCACCGUAUGGUGCAACGAGGCCUCGGACAGGAUCCAGCUCAACCUCACGGCCAUCAACUCCAAGGUGGCCAAUGAGAACUUCGCCAACAUGGCCGAGAUCUCCAAGACCAUGUGCGAGCACGGAGGCGUGAUGACCACUCACCCGCUGAAGGUCUGAGAGCGCCGCCUAUCGGCGUCGUCGUCGGUCGGGGUUGCCGAGGCUCCCGCCAGGUGGUGCACCGUAUCGACUAGGCUCAGCGAGCGCGUUUGUGGCUAUCGUGAUUCAAAUUUUGCCUUGUGCUUUCCGGGAAGUGGAAUUCGUAUUUUAUGAAGAUCAGGCGUAUUGAAUGUUAAGCGAACUUAUGUGAGCAGAAUGACGGCUGUAACUGGUAUACAACUAUGGGUAUGCAUCUAACACUUGGCGCUUAUGGAUCACCUCUGAAGACGGUUUCUUGAUGCCAUAUUGAGUGGAAACUUAAAAAUCUACCAUGGUUUAGUGAUGCAUGAUAAAGUCGGCACGUCACUUUCAUGAUGAGGACAGUCUGCCCGACCAGUCGGCUUAAACCAUCAGUGAUGAGUAGCAUGUCACCCUCCAGUCCAGCGGUUUGUCUUAUGUCAGGUAUACUAUAAACAAUAGUAAAGCAUUGUUGCCUCGCGAUAAAAAGCGAAAUGUACUAAGAAAAUUCGUUUUUUGGACUCGUUACCUGAACGGCGUUGGGAGCGUAUCCUACGUCCGCAGAAGACUGUUGAAAUAGGUUCCUUGGCCUGGCCGGGUCGUUAGUUGGACUUUGUGAACAAAAUUACACGGCGAUACCCGAGGUCGGAGCAUGAGGAACUCUCAUCCUGUAAGCUCAGCGAGAUUUGAUGUAGAUUGCGCUGAAUCGAAGCCAAUCACAAAUAUACCGCUCUGUAAGCUAUCAGUGGCAGGGAGCCCAAUAUCGGGCGUCGUAAGUUGAGGCCAAUCAAAGCUGGAACGUUCUCAUCCGUUUUCUUAACCGUACGCGUUAUGUUUUACCUACAUCCGCAUUGAUCAGAUUUUUCGGCGUCCUAUCUAGGGGCUUUGUGCAGGUGAUUGUGUGAAACAGACUAUGAUACAAUAGUGUAGAGCAAUUAUCAAUGCAAGCCGUGUCGGAUGGGCCUGAUGCGCCGUUGGCCCCUGCCCGGACCGUGUGACAUCUGCCCGGGCAGCCAGUGGGCUCGCGGGCAGCGCCGACGCCGCGUGCAGAUCGCUGUACUCCCGCCGCCACCGAGAAGCUCGGUGUGGCGCGCUGCCGAUGCGCAUCGGCUGACCGCACUGGCGCGUGUGCGGCGGUCACGUGACCAGCCGGCGCGGACUGGCGCCGCGUUCUGUCUGUGUUCUCCGGGCGUGCGCGUGUUUAAGCGUGUACAGACUACCGUUGUUCGCAUGUGAGACUACUGGCGGGCCCGUUGUCCCUUCCCCUUCAUCGGGCUGGGUGAUAAGCGGGCUCAGCCGUGAUGACGGGCGGCGUCGCCGUCGAGACGCAGAGUGGUCGCCGGUGUCGAGCUGUGCCCGUCACGUGGCGGUAGGACGGCCUGGCGGAGCGGCCGCCGCCGCCUGGUGCGGGAUGGGUGGCAACAGCACACUGCUGGUCUGUAGAUGCACCCGGCGAGGUCUCCUCCGGAGCAGCGUAGGAUGACUGUGCUAGGGAAUUGGAGCUGUCCAACGCAUGCUGUCUGCAGACGACGAGUUGGUGUACACAAUACAGUGACGCGAGUGACGUGA